AUGACCGCCCCUUCGACCAUCCACCAGAAGUUCCUGUCCUCGCCCGCAGACCUCGGCGUCGUCGCCGUUGGCUUCUCUGGAGGGCAGUGCAAGGAAGGCGUCGACGCAGCACCCGAUGCCCUCUUCCGCGCCGGACUAUUGGAACAGAUCGAUGAAGAGCUGGGAUACAACCUGCACGGUGACAAGGAGGUCCACAACUACAAUGAGAUGCGGCAAGCGUCGGACGAGCCUCACCGCGGCAUGAAGAACCCUCGUUCGGUCAGCGCAGUCACCCAGACAUUGGCCGACCAAGUCUACAACCAGGCCAAGCACGGCCGUAUGGUGCUGACCUUGGGUGGUGACCACUCGAUUGCUGUCGGAACUAUCGCAGGCUCUUCCAAGGCCAUCCGCGAACGAUUGGGCAAAGAAAUUGCAGUCAUCUGGGUUGACGCCCACGCCGAUAUUAAUACCCCCGAGACGUCAGACAGCGGCAACAUCCAUGGCAUGCCGGUCGCCUUCCUCACCGGACUCGCCAAGGGUGAUCGCGAGGAUGUAUUUGGCUGGCUAGAUCGAGAUUUCAAGGACAAGCCUGCGCUUUCUGUCUCGAAACUUGUUUACAUUGGGCUACGGGACGUCGACCGCGGCGAAAAGCGGAUUCUCCGCGAGAAUGGCAUCAAGGCUUUCAGCAUGCAUGACGUUGACCGACAUGGUAUCGGUAGAGUGGUCGAGAUGGCCCUUGCCCAUAUUGGCACCGAUACACCUAUCCAUCUCAGCUUCGAUGUGGAUGCGCUAGAUCCCCAAUGGGCUCCCAGCACAGGCACUCCGGUCAGAGGCGGCUUGACCCUGCGUGAGGGCGACUAUAUUGCGGAAUGCGUGCAUGAGACCGGCCAGCUGGUGGCCAUGGACCUGGUUGAGGUCAACCCAAGCCUCGAGGUCGCUGGGGCCUCAGAGACGGUCAGAGCGGGUGUCAGUCUGGUUCGCUGUGCUCUGGGUGAUACGUUGCUAUGA